AUCACUUGGAGAGCAUGUGAAGAUUGGUUGGCAAGUCAGUGAUGAUGGCAGAAGGGGGCUAGAUCCUUAAGAGUACUUAUCUUCAGCUUUCUGCCCUGAACAAGUCUGAAAACUUUUGUUAUUGAUACUGAAUUAGAAAAUUCGAAAUCUACACAUGGCCCGGAAUGUUAACACUGGUGAAUUAGCAGCAAUUAAAGUAAUAAAGUUGGAACCAGGUGAAGACUUUGCAGUUGUGCAGCAAGAAAUUAUUAUGAUGAAAGACUGUAAACACCCAAAUAUUGUUGCUUAUUUUGGAAGCUAUCUCAGGCGAGAUAAACUUUGGAUAUGCAUGGAGUUUUGUGGAGGUGGCUCUUUACAGGAUAUUUAUCAUGUAACGGGACCUCUGUCAGAAUUGCAAAUUGCAUAUGUUAGCCGAGAAACACUACAGGGACUAUACUAUCUUCACAGUAAAGGAAAAAUGCACAGAGAUAUAAAGGGAGCUAACAUUCUGUUAACGGAUAAUGGUCAUGUGAAAUUGGCUGAUUUUGGAGUAUCUGCACAGAUAACAGCUACAAUUGCCAAACGGAAGUCUUUCAUUGGUACACCAUAUUGGAUGGCUCCAGAAGUCGCAGCUGUUGAGAGGAAAGGGGGGUACAAUCAGCUCUGUGACCUCUGGGCAGUGGGGAUCACCGCCAUAGAACUUGCUGAGCUCCAGCCUCCUAUGUUUGACUUACACCCAAUGAGAGCAUUAUUUCUAAUGACAAAAAGCAAUUUUCAGCCUCCUAAACUAAAGGAUAAAGUGAAGUGGUCAAAUAGUUUUCAUCAUUUUGUGAAAAUGGCACUUACCAAAAAUCCAAAAAAAAGACCAACAGCUGAAAAGUUAUUACAGCAUCCGUUUGUCACACAACCUUUGACACGGUCUUUGGCAAUUGAACUAUUGGAUAAAGUGAACAAUCCUGAUCAUUCCACUUACCAUGAUUUUGAUGAUGAUGAUCCUGAGCCUCUUGUUGCUGUGCCACAUAGAAUUCAUUCAACAAGUAGAAACGUGAGAGAAGAAAAAACACGCUCGGAAAUCAACUUUGGCCAAGUAAAAUUUGAUCCACCCUUAAGGAAAGAGACAGAACCACAUCAUGAACUUCCCGACAGUGAUGGUUUUUUGGACAGUUCAGAAGAAAUAUACUACACUGCAAGAUCUAAUCUGGAUCUACAACUAGAAUAUGGACAAGGACACCAAGGUAGUUACUUUUUAGGUGCAAACAAGAACUGUAUUCUUUAUAACGAAUUACUGGCAAGGAGUCUUCUGAAGUCUGUUGAGGAAGAAUUACAUCAGCGAGGGCAUGUGGCACAUUUAGAAGAUGAUGAAGGGGAUGAUGAUGAAUCUAAACAUUCAACCAUGAAAGCAAAAGUUCCACCUCCUUUGCCACCAAAGCCUAAGUCCAUAUUCAUACCCCAGGAAACUCAUUCUACUGAGGAUGAUAAUCAAGGAACAAUCAAGAGAUGUCCCAUGUCAGAGAGCCCAGCUAAACCAUCCCAAGUCCCACCUAGACCGCCACCUCCCAGAUUGCCUCCACAAAAGCCUGUUGCUUUAGGAAAUGGAGUGGGCUCCUUCCAGUUAAAUGGUGAACGAGAUGGAUCAUUAUAUCAACAACAGAAUGAACAUAGAGGAACAAACCUUUCAAGGAAAGAAAAGAAAGAUGUACCAAAGCCUAUUAGUAACGGUCUACCCCCAACACCUAAAGUGCAUAUGGGUGCUUGUUUUUCAAAGGUUUUUAAUGGGUGUCCCUUGAAAAUUCACUGUGCAACAUCAUGGAUAAACCCCGAUACCAGAGAUCAGUACUUGAUAUUUGGUGCCGAAGAAGGGAUUUAUACCUUGAAUCUUAAUGAACUUCAUGAAACAUCAAUGGAACAGCUAUUUCCCCGAAGGUGUACAUGGUUGUAUGUAAUGAACAAUUGCUUAUUAUCAAUAUCUGGUAAAGCUUCUCAGCUUUAUUCCCAUAAUUUACCAGGGCUUUUUGAUUAUGCAAGACAAAUGCAAAAGUUACCUGUUGCUAUUCCAGCACACAAACUCCCUGACAGAAUACUGCCAAGGAAAUUUGCUGUAUCAGCAAAAAUCCCUGAAACCAAGUGGUGUCAGAAGUGUUGUGUUGUGAGAAAUCCUUACACAGGCCAUAAAUACCUAUGUGGGGCACUUCAGACUAGCAUUGUUCUAUUGGAAUGGGUUGAACCAAUGCAGAAAUUCAUGUUAAUUAAGCACAUAGAUUUUCCUAUACCAUGUCCACUUAGAAUGUUUGAAAUGCUGGUAGUUCCCGAACAGGAGUACCCAUUAGUUUGUGUUGGUGUCAGUAAAGGGAGAGACUUCAACCAAGUGGUUCGAUUUGAAACAGUCAAUCCAAAUUCUACCUCUUCGUGGUUUACAGAAUCAGAUACUCCACAGACAAGUGUCACUCACGUAACCCAACUGGAGAGAGACACCAUUCUUGUGUGCUUGGACUGUUGUAUAAAAAUAGUAAAUCUCCAAGGAAGAUUAAAAUCUAGCAGAAAAUUAUCAUCAGAACUCACCUUUGAUUUCCAGAUUGAAUCAAUAGUUUGCCUACAAGACAGUGUGCUAGCUUUCUGGAAACAUGGAAUGCAAGGUAGAAGUUUUAGAUCUAAUGAGGUAACACAAGAAAUUUCAGAUAGCACAAGAAUUUUCAGACUGCUUGGAUCUGACAGGGUCGUGGUUUUGGAAAGUAGGCCAACUGAUAACCCCACAGCAAAUAGCAAUUUAUACAUCCUGGCCGGUCAUGAAAACAGUUACUGAGAAAUGUGCUUUGACAGUUAACUAUGAAAAAAGAACACUACCGCUGCAACACUAAUGGAUGCUUGAAGCUGUACAAAGGCUGCAGUAACCUGGCUCAGUUACUUGUAAUUUAUUGUGGCAUGAGACAAGAUGGGGAAACUUUUUGUUUUAAGUGGUAUGGAUAUAUUUAGCAUAUUGAACCACACAAGUGCUUAAUUCAUUGUUAUGUAAUCUUUGUACAUAUAGGCAGUAUUUUUCUGUAAAACUUCAUAUUGCUAAAGACAUACACUAAGAAUUUAUGUAGAUAAUGUACUUUUAUGAGAUGUACAAGUAAGUGUCUUAUCUGUACAAAUGUAAAUGUUGAUGAAAAUGCAAUUGGAGUUAAUAUUUUAAGAAUUCUUUAGUAUACUCUUGGUGUGACUAUAUUACAAAAUGGGAUGCUGGCAAUGAAACAGUACAUUUAACACUAUUGUAUUUUUAUUAUAUGUAAUUUAGUAAUAUGAAUAUAAAUCUUGUAACUUUUAAAGUUA